AUGGUGUCUGAAGCAAGCAAGAAAAAGGCCGCCCAGAAGAAGGCCGCCGCCGACGCUAAGAGAGGAGGCAAGGUAGCUGUCGCUGCUGCUUCAUCCAAAACCGCUUCGGAGAAAGCGGUUGACAGUGUUGCCAACGGAAUUGGGGAUAUUCAGAUAUCUGAUCGGACAUGCACCGGCGUCCUCUGUUCUCAUCCCCUUUCCAGAGAUAUUCGGAUAGAAUCUCUAUCAGUUACUUUCCACGGACAUGAUCUUAUAGUUGAUUCUGAAUUGGAGCUAAACUAUGGAAGACGUUAUGGUUUGCUUGGAUUAAAUGGUUGUGGAAAAUCUACCCUACUCACAGCUAUAGGGUUACGUGAACUUCCUAUUCCUGAGCACAUGGAUAUUUAUCACCUUAGCCGGGAAAUUGAAGCAUCUGACAUGUCUGCAUUGGAGGCUGUCAUUAGCUGUGAUGAGGAAAGGUUGAGAUUGGAGAAAGAAGCUGAAGUCCUGGGCGCACAAGAUGAUGGCGGUGGUGAAGCACUUGAGCGAGUUUAUGAACGACUGGAAGCUAUGGAUGCAUCUGUUAAUUAG